AUGUCCAUCCGCAACCUCGCCGAGUUCGGCACCCGGCACGUCGCCCGCGGCAUCGGCCGACUCGCCACCGAAGUCAUCGAGUCCGGCAGCGGGUCGUACGUGACGAUGGCGUCGGGCCGCAAGAUGCUCGACUUCACCUGCGGCAUCGGGGUCGCGAACCUGGGCCACUGCCACCCGGGGGUGACGCGGGCGGCGCAGACGCAAGCGGCCAAGAUGGUGCACGCGCAGGUCAACAUCGCCUUCCAGCGGCCCUACCUGGAGCUGAUCGAGCAGUUGAUCCCGCUCAUGCCGCACCCCAGCCUCGACACCUUUUUUUUCUGGAACUCCGGCAGCGAGGCCGUCGAGGCGGCGGUCAAGCUGGCCCGGCACGCGACCCGCCGCCAGAACAUCAUCGUCAUGCAAGGGUCGUACCACGGCCGCACGUUCGGGACCAUGGCCAUGACGCGGUCCAAGACGGUCUACUCGGCCGGGUACGCGCCGCUGAUGGGCGGCGUCUUCGCCGUGCCGUUCCCGGACUGCGCGCACUGCGCCAUCGCCACGCACACGGGCGGCAAGUGCAACUUCCAGGACUGCUGCAUGGACCCCGUGACGCAGCUGGAGCUGCUCCUGCAGCGCGAGACCGCGCCCUCGGACACGGCCGCCAUCGUCAUCGAGCCCGUGCUGGGCGAGGGCGGCUACGUGCCCGUCCCCCGGGGCUACCUGGAGCGCGUGCGCGCCAUCUGCGACAAGCACGGCAUCCUCCUCGUCGCCGACGAGGUGCAGUCCGGGUUCGGGCGCACCGGCAAGAUGUUCGCCGUCGAGCACUGGGGCGUGCGGCCCGACGUGCUCGUCAUGGCCAAGGGCAUCGCCAACGGGUUCCCGCUCAGCGGCAUCGCCGCGCGCAAGGAGCUGAUGGACACGCAGCAGCCGGGCUCCAUGGGCGGCACGUACGGCGGCAACGCCGUCUCCUGCGCCGCCGGCAUCGCCGUGGCCAAGGCCUUCCGCGAGGAACGCGUGCUCGACAACGUGAAUGCGCGGGGCCAAGAAAUGGCGGCCAUGCUGCGCGACGCCAAGGCCAAGUUCCCGCACCUGAUCUACGACGUGCGCGGACUCGGGCUGAUGCAGGCCAUGGAGUUCGUCGGUGGGCACGGCUACGCGAGUAAAGUGCAGGCCAAGUGUAUGGAGAAGGACAUGUUGAUCUUGACCACCAGUAUCUACGAUACCUUGAGGUUCAUCCCGCCGUUGAACAUUAGCCAGGAAGAUAUGAGCAAGGGAUUGGGUAUUCUGAGCCAGGCGAUUGAGGAGGUCGCGGCGGGCGCGAAGCCAAAGGAGACGGGGACAAGGGGCCAUGCACCGGAGUGA